CCACUCCCUGCUUCUCUCUCUGUGAGCUCGAGCCUCUCUUCCCCCCUCUCAUUGCCUUCACGAGCUCUCCUCCUGAAACCUGCGCGAGGCGGCCACUGAAGCGCGAGCCGAUUCCCCCCUUCUCCCCUCGUCAUUUCAGUCAACAUGGCUACAAUUGUAACCUCGACCAGAUUCACAGACGAGUACCAGCUGUACGAGGAGCUCGGAAAGGGUGCCUUUUCAGUCGUCCGCCGCUGUGUCAAGAAGUCCACCGGCCAGGAGUAUGCUGCCAAAAUUAUUAACACAAAAAAGCUCUCAGCCAGAGAUCACCAGAAACUCGAGCGGGAGGCAAGAAUCUGUCGUCUGCUCAAACAUCCAAACAUAGUCCGACUCCACGACAGCAUCUCAGAGGAAGGCUUCCAUUACCUCGUCUUUGACCUUGUCACUGGGGGAGAGCUGUUUGAGGACAUCGUUGCUAGAGAGUAUUACAGCGAGGCAGAUGCCAGCCACUGCAUCAAUCAGAUCCUGGAGAGCGUCAGUCACAUCCACCAGCAUGACAUUGUGCACAGGGACCUCAAGCCAGAGAAUCUUCUCCUGGCCAGCAAGAUGAAGGGAGCAGCUGUAAAGCUUGCAGACUUUGGUCUAGCCAUCGAGGUGCAGGGGGACCAACAGGCAUGGUUUGGUUUUGCGGGAACUCCAGGAUACCUGUCACCAGAAGUGUUGAGAAAGGACCCGUACGGCAAACCUGUGGACAUAUGGGCAUGUGGUGUGAUCCUGUACAUCUUGUUGGUGGGCUAUCCUCCCUUUUGGGACGAGGACCAACAUAAAUUGUACCAGCAAAUCAAGGCUGGUGCAUAUGAUUUUCCUUCUCCAGAGUGGGACACUGUGACCCCCGAGGCCAAGAAUCUGAUCAAUCAGAUGUUAACGAUUAACCCUGCCAAACGGAUCACCGCCGACCAGGCCAUCAAGCAUCCAUGGGUCUGCCAACGCUCCACUGUGGCCUCCAUGAUGCACCGUCAAGAAACUGUGGAGUGCCUGCGCAAGUUUAAUGCCAGGAGGAAACUCAAAGGAGCUAUCCUCACAACUAUGCUGGUGUCCAGGAACUUUUCAGCAUGCAAAACCUUACUAAACAAAAAGUCGGAUGGAGUGAAGUCGCAGGGGAACAACAGUAAUAACAGUGUAGUAAGCAGCAGCAGCACCAAAGACAGCAGCAUGUCAUCUACAGCACCAAUGGAAGCCCAGACAACUGUUGUACACAACCCAGCUGACGGCACCAAGGGCUCCACAGAGAGCUGCAAUAACACAGAAGAGGAGGAGAUGAAAGGUAGGAAAGCAGCUCCCUGUGAGUCUACUAGCAAAGACAGCGCAGUGCUAAGCCUGUGCAGUACUGCUGAGGAGCAGACCAAGACCCUGCCUCCUCCCUGCCCACCACCCACCUCUCGUCCCCUACAGGAGGCUGGUAGCAGCCCCAGUGUUCCUCAGACCAGUCCAGCUAACAGCUCUUGCCCUGAGACCACUCUGUCGCCCCCUGCAGGCAGCAGCUGUAAACCCCAGCAGACUCGUAAACAGGAGAUCAUAAAGAUGACGGAGCAGCUGAUCGAAGCCAUCAACAAUGGGGACUUUGAAGCUUACACAAGAAUCUGCGACCCUGGACUGACUUCUUUUGAACCAGAAGCCCUCGGAAACCUGGUGGAGGGCAUGGACUUCCACAAGUUCUACUUUGAGAACUUACUGAGUAAAAACAGCAAACCAGUCCAUACCACCAUCCUCAACCCCCACGUCCAUCUGAUUGGAGAAGAGGCCGCUUGCAUUGCCUACAUCCGCCUGACGCAGUACAUCGACAGCCAGGGCAGGCCGCGCUCCUGCCAGUCAGAGGAGACGCGUGUGUGGCACCGCCGGGAAGCCAAAUGGCUCAAUGUGCACUUCCACUGCUCAGGAGCACCAGCGGCACCCCUGCAGUGAACUGGUGGCCCAGGCCUAGCUUUGCCUGAACUAUAAAGCUGUUUGGAGCAUUUAUUCUCCGUGGUCGGAUUGGUACCUGGAUCCUGGCCGGGAAGAGGCUGCUUGGAAAACUUAUCAAAAACAUAAAAGUUGGGAAAAUCUAUCAUAAAUUUAAAAAAAAAAGAAAAACUAACUUUUAAAUUUCAAAAGCUUUGACUGAGCGACUGACCACACCGACCAACACUGAUCCAGUCUGAACCCUGGCUAGAGGAGGGUGGGGCCCGGCUGACGUCAGCCCCUGUCUUGCAGAAGGUGCAUGUUUCUGGGGCGACACGGGGGUGAUGCUGUCCUGCGCCUUGUCUCCCAUGGCCUUUAUUUCCCCCCUUCUUUGUUUUGUCUGCUGUCUGGAAAAAGUAUUAACAUGUUAAAAAUAUAAAUAUAUCUAUAUAACAGAAAAAACACUUUUACACACACCGUGAAUGCGGACGGAGCUGCAAGUUAAACGUGGAAAGUGUGAUGUUUUUCUGUUCUGUCUCUGGAAAACAGCAGAAGGUCUACUUCAAUAGAAGCGUUGUUAGUUUUUCAUUUAACAGGUUUAUGUGUGUGGGGAAGGAAACAAAUAAUAUCUACUUAAUAUCAUAAUUUAACAGCCAUUUUUGUGUCUGGUUUGAGUAUAUGCACACAAUGUUUUUAAAGGGUUUAGACGUUGUAAUACGUUACUGAAGGGACCUUUAUUUUUAUUUGUCUUUUUGUAUGAUGUGUCAUGAAGCUGUUUGUUUUUAUCUCUUGAAUGAUGUAUUUUAAAUAACUUUGUGUUGACAAAGGAUCCUUUUUAAUCAAGCUGGGGACUUAAUUUAACAGAGUUGUGUAUAAUUAGAUAUUUAUAUAGGUGAGAAAAGGGGAAACCAGAGUUAAAUUAAGGGGUGUAGGGAGGGGAGAUAAGCAUGCAAGUUGGUGUUUUUGUUCUGCUUUGUUGUCCUGAGGUGUAAAUACACACACAGACACGUACACACACGCACACACACUCGAGGCCCCUGUGCUCCAGCCUCUCUUUCGAGUUGAGCCUCCUUUAAACUUUAAAAACAAAGUCCAGGUCAGCUCAUCCUGAAGUUGCAGAAGGCCUUCACCUGUCUACCCCUGCGUUGUUUGGUGGGGUCACCAGCCCCUCAUAUCUCUGUACUACCUAACCUGAAAGCACGGACACACUCCCAGACAACUUUCGGGGAUUCCUUUGCUCUGUUUUUGUGUGUUUUUUGACGUGAAGCAUGAACUUUGGCCUGCACUGUUUUUGCACAGAUACUUGAGACUCGAUGCUGUUGUGUUCUCUCUUCUGUGGGAGUGAACCUUUUUGCAACUUCAGGGUUACGCUCGCCUAAAUCCUUCCUUCCUUCCCUCCUACCUCUGUCCCUUUACUUCCAUCAUUCCUGUCUCCUUAAAUCUACCCAUUGCUGUCUUCGUAGCACCACGUCGUGUGAUGAUGAUAAUGAUGUCACCCUUAUGCCUGUCUCCUGUUGUGUUUUUAAAGUGUGUGUGUCGUCUGUCUUGGCUUGCUGUGUGACGUCCUGGCACUAAAAAUAAAAGCAUGUUAAAAAGGGAAUGCAGCCGUUGGAUUGGACCAAAAAAGAAGGUGUAACAGGGUGAGGGCUUUGCCUACUAAAGGGCUGUGGGACCAUAGCUGAUGGCAAUCAAUGGAUUUUGUCUCCUUUUGUCACAGAUUCUGUUGUAAAUGUUGAACUCUUAGUGUUUUAAUGUUGAGAUUUAUAUCAAUUGUUUUAGCAAGAACUGUAAAAAACGUGGGGUUAAAAUGAACGGAGGCUGAGACUGCCACGACCCUUUUUUUUACUGUCCCCUGUCGUCCCCUCACGCACACACACACACACACACACACACACGCACGCACACACGCACACACGCACGCACGCACGCACGCACGCACACACGCACACACACACACACUGAAUGCUGAAUAAUCAGGUGGAAACACCUCACACACUCCUGUGGCUGAUGAUAUUUGAUUUCACAACACUGUAAAAGCACAUGAGUCUGAAGAUUCUCCCUUUAAAGAGGACUAACAUAUCUGUGUGUCAGUGUGUCGUUUUUGCACUGUGUCGUACAAACUUUGUGAGUGUGUGACUUUGUACCGGCCGAGGUCGUGGAAGCUUGUCGUCUGUCCUGUUGUGCUUCGCUGCUCCAUAGUAACUCAUGCUAACACCAGAGUGAGGCUUCAGAUCAUCAGACACCGUCGUCUAUGUUUGUACGCUGACGCUGACGCAGUCCAGCAGAUUUUAAAAAUCGUUGUGAUCCAUAUGUGAGACCCGCCCUCCUGUAUCAGUCACCUGUGCUCCUGUGACAUGCCAUCAAAACUGUGCCCCCCACUCCCACAAACCCCCCUACCAUAACGACCAACCAGAACUUAAACUACGUGAUGUAUUUUUAUGACUCAGUGGUUCUGUUUGUGCUGUGGCCCAAUCUGAUGAAGUGUUUUUUCUUUCUUUGUGUGUCACACAGUCAUGGGGAUGUUUGAGAGUAAAAUACAGUUACACUUUACAGGAUUCUUAAAAUGAGGCAUUAGAGGGAGCAGCCAGCUGUUUAAGAUGUAUUUCCCUUUUUAAUUGAUGAUGAAGUUAGGAAAAAACUUCAACCACAGAGGUGAUGGAGCAGGAAAAGCACUGGUGUAAACCAUGACAUCACUAAAGGCUGUCUGUCUCUCUGUUUGGAUCAUGAUAUCACCCUGAGGUGGGUUUAUUUAACAAAGGAAAAACCUCACUUUAAUUGAAAUUUCAACAAUUGGACAAAUACAACUCUCAUACACUUGAACAGUACACCCAAUUAAAAGCCAGAACAGGGCAGAAAUGCAUGUAUGAUGCAUUCUCAGUUACAAUCUUCUAAUCACUGACAGUGAAAGGGUAUUGAUUGAUCUUAAUUCUUAAAAACUGUCUUGACUUCUCUUUUAGUAACCGUCUCACAUAGUUACACCUGUGCUUUCCCGCUCUGCUCUGCUUAGUCAAAAUCAGUCAAAUCUGAACCUGUGAAGUCUGAAGAGGAGGCAGCUUGGUGCAGUGAGCCCACUCAUACAUUACACUCUUUAAUGGUCUCUUGUGUAACAGUGGUUUCCAAUCUUAGACUGUAUAAAUAAGGGACGUAGUAUCCGUGAUGUCACCCAUCUGUUUCUGAAGCGCUGUUUUGAGGCCAAUCAUUGGUGGGAGCCAUAUUGCUGCUGUCGAGUGAUUGUUACGUAACGAGGCGGGCUUUGAGCCUCCUAGCCAACAGCUAGUGUUCCCACCUGUCAAUCAAGUCAGCUGUGUCUCUAAUUGGAAGACUCGUAAUCCCAAUAUCUUCAAAAUUGCUGCGUUAGAAAAAAGGUAAACUUAGAAAAAAAUUUACCAUGAGCUAUCCAGACUACACUUGUCUUUUGUACCAGACUGUAAACAUGUUUAUUUCUGCUGUAAAGAUCGGCUUUUUUGAAUUGGUGUGUAUGUGGUUUCCGGUACUUCUGGAGCCAGCCUCAAGCGGAUCCUUGAUGAACUGCAGUUUUUAGCACUUCCGCAUUGGACUCAUAUUUUUAGACCGGAGGUUUCUGCUUGUUUCCAAUCUUUGAAAGGAGGUAGUGAUUUCACAAGGCUGCCUCAGAGAUGUACCAAGAUACAACAUCUGAAAUUAACAAUGAUAAAAACUUUAAUUUGCUCUUCCGCUCUUGUUAAAGCUACUCUGAGUAGUAGAUCAUAUUUCAGUGGAAUAACAAAUUUAAAAGAACACAUCUUUGUUUACCAGACCUCACAUUAGAUUGCCUUGUGACCCUCUGAUUUAUCGUGACCUCAAGUUGGGAACCACUGUUGCAAAAUCAAAAUCAAUCACCACGACUAUGAUUUAUUUCCCCAUCAUGCAGCUCAAUAACUUCAGCUGAUAGAUCAAGUGUUUCUUUAUCAUAUAUAACUCACUCUUCAUUGUCACCAGCCUGUGUGGAGGAGAGCUUCUUAGAGGAAACCAUCCAGCCAUGCAGACACUGGAUUUUAUCAAUCAGGUUUUAGAUAUUGCUUCACCUUUCCACAACAAUAGAGGCAAACUCUAAUUCUAAGAACCAUAAAUUUAUAAUCCAGCUGCAAAAUCUCCUCCACAAACAGCACCUGUUACUAUGAACAAUUCACAGACUUCCACAUGGGGACCAUUGUGACUGUUGAAAAUAUUUCUGAUGAAAACUGUUCACAGUAACUUGAAGGUGUCUGCACAGAACUGAGAUUUUGCUGUUCAAUUUUUUUUAAGUAUAACUUCUACAUGAAAUCAAAGUGAUCUGCAUGGCUGACUGGUGCUGGAGCUAAGUGAGGAAAUGUUGGAUGAACUGACCCUUUAAAACGGUUCAUUAACCAGACAUGUCUGACUGUAGGUCAUCAGAUAUAGUAAUAACAGGCACACAGGAGCUGAAAGUCUGAACACAGCAACCCAGCUAACCAAUCAUCUGAUAGUGAAGCAUAUGGAGGCAACGAAAGGUCAAUACAUUUCACUUUAAUGACACUUAUAAGCACAGAAUACUUUGAAUGCCACUUCAUUCUCUGCAUUGAAAUAUUUUACUUUGAAAUUAAAUCGUCCCUAAAUUGAAGAUUUAAAAUAAUCCUCUGUUGUGGUUUUAUGUUGUCACUGAUUUUGUUCAUCUUAUGUUAUUUGACGCACAAAAUUAAACUGCAGGAUAUCAUUCAGAUUUUUCAAUUUGAAUUCAACAACUUUUUGGCUUUAAAUUUGAUCAAUUUGACCUGAAUGACCAGAAUUACGUUUUGGCCGUGUUUAAGAUCAAUAAAACAAACUCACAUUUUAAUAUUUAUCAAAGGGACUGUUUUGAAUUCAGUGGAAGUAAUUUAAUUCCACAUGAAUUUGAAGUUAGUGACCUUUCUUUGUCUCCAUAGCAGCUUUACAAAGUGACAUUCCUGCUUCAGCUGAGGCAUCCUUGAGAUCCAUUCUAAUGUUACUGAUCACAUACUAACUAGACAGGGUAUGGACUUAACCGUCUAAAAGUUGUAAAUAGGAAACGUGACCAAAUAUAAACUUUACACAGAUGAACUCUGGGCUGAUCGCACCAACUACCUACAAGAGAAAUCCAAUCCACAGUGGUUUUUGGUUUUUUUUUUGCUUCAUUUAAAACUCAAGUUCUAAAAAUGCAAAUCUGCAGAAGUAAAAGAACCAUCAUUGAUUGAACAUUUGCUAAAUACUUUGGCAAAUGUUUGCUAAAUGUUGGAUUAAAGCACCUGACUGAACUGAAGGGAAGAUCCUUGAAAUGCUUCAAUCAUAUGUUAAAAAGAGAUAAUUAACAACCACAAUCUUUAACAGCAACACUAUAUAUGCAGUUUUACAAAUGGAAGAAAUAUGCAUGUCUACUUUCUGGUAAUUUUUCACUGUUACUUGAUAAAGAAAUGGAAAUCUAUGUUACUUGCAUCCUCCAGGUUAUGAAAUGGCUCCGUCUGAGAUAUCCAAAUCAACUGUUAUCUCAUAGAGCAUAAAAGAUUAGCAGAAGCUGAGCUUGUAUGUAAGUACAUUUAUUGCAUCGUAACCUUGUACUACAAAGGGGCUACAUAUGUCUAUACUCUGAGUUUCAAUUGGAUGCUGGAUUUUUUGCAUGACCAUACAGUUAAUAAACAUCAUACAUUAAAAACGAA